AAACAUUUAAGAUGAAAUAAUAAUAAUGAGAUUACUGGGAAGCAGCUAAGAUCUAAGCCCGCUUCCAUAAAUUGUAGCCGUUGCCGCUCCUCCCCAAUUCAAUUUCAAAACCAUCCACAGCACAAAACCCUAGGAAUGCCAGCAGCUCAGUCUCCGAUCGCCGGCGAUGUCAAGCUCAGGCCAAAGUCCGGCCGGAAACCAUUGCAACCUAAGAACAUCCCAGUCAAUCAGACGGUAGAUGCCGGGAAGGCCAAGCGGAAGCCGGAAUGGGCGGAGACGGUGACGGUCGGGGACUCGAACAAGGAGAAUCGACCGAUCGUCGGAACUCCAGUGAAGAUUGAAGCUUUCGAACCGUCGCUGGCGGAGGAGCUGAGCGCGAUGCGGAAGAAGAUCGAACUGUUGAGAUUGGACUGGGAGAGGACGGAGAAGGUGCUGAGAGAGAGGGAUCUGGUGUUGGAGAUGCAGAUCAGGGAGCUCGAAAGGAGAGGGGAAAUGCAGAAGGAGCUUGAGAUGGAGGUCGAUCGAUUGUACAGAUUGAAGCAGCUCAAAUCUUCCCCCAUGGAGAUCUCUCCGAUUCGAUCGUUGAGAGAAAAGCAAGGGGAAAAGAAGACUGAGGAAGCACGAUCGCAGGAGGUAAGAGGGGACUGCGAAUGUGAAGAGGAAUCUGUGGAUGAGAACUCAUUGCAGAACUCGAAUUCAGAAUGUUCGGAAGUUAUGGCACAGAAAUGACGAUGGAUAUUCUCAUUCCAUUAGUUUGAUUUUUCAUUCUGCUUCUGUACUUUUAUGGCGGUGGUGUUCAAUCAAUAUAAUAUCUCAUUGUUUUUUUU